GGAGGGAGGCGCAGGGUGGGCGGCUGGGGCUGGCCGCGGAGGGGGCGGCCUCUCCUGGGGAGCGCAGGGCAGCCCGGCGGCCCACAGAAGGGAUCCGGCGGCGCCGCGGCGGCAGCAGCAGCAGCGAAGCGAAGGAGGUGGUGGCGAGCGGCCCCCGGGCAGCCACGCAGCAGCCGAGCGGAGCAGACUCCCUCCCCGCGCGCCCCGCCAUGGCCUCGCCAACGACGUCGCUGCUGGUGGUCGCCGCCGUGGCCCUGUCGCUGUCGGCCGCCUCGUCGGGCCUGGGCGAGGGCGCCAACGGGAGCGCGGCCGCGACGGUGGUGACGGUGGCCUUGGUGCUGCCCGAGCACAACCCCAGCUACCCGUGGGCCCUGCCGCGGGUGGGCCCCGCCGUGCGCCUGGCCCUCGAGGCGCUGGAGCCGGCGCUGCGGGCCGCCGGGCUGUCGAUGCGCACCGUCAACGCCACGUCGGAGCUGAACGGCGCCUGCUCGGAGUCGGUGGCGCCGCUCCAGGCCGUGGACCUGAAGCUCUACCACGACCCGGACGUGCUGCUGGGGCCCGGCUGCGUGUACCCGGCCGCCUCGGUGGGGCGCUUCGCCUCGCACUGGGGCCUGCCGCUCCUCACGGCCGGCGCCGUCGCCUCGGACUUCAGCCACAAGAAGGAGCAUUACACCACGCUGGUGCGCACCGGCCCGUCCGCGCCCAAGCUGGGCGCCUUCGCCGCCCUCCUGCACGAGCGCUUCAACUGGAGCUCCCGCGCCGCGCUCCUCUACGUCGACCGAAAGACCGACGACCGGCCCUUCUACUUCACCAUUGAGGGCGUCUACCAGGAGCUCCGCCACGCCGGCCUCACCGUCGGCUACCACAUCUACGCGCCCCGAGACAACGGCACCAGCAGCAACGCAGGCGGCGCCGCGGACGAUGGCGGCGGCCCGGACACCGCCGUGCAGUUCAUCCGGGCCAACGGGCGAGGUGAGCGGGUCGCAGCGCUUGGGGGCCGCCUGCUGCUGCUCCUGGACGGGAAGGGGGGCGCGCGUCCCUGGUGCCUGCAGUCCACCCCACCUUCCCACCUCCGUCUGCAUGCAGUCCCCCCCCCCAGCCCCGCUCAGUCUGCGGGCAUUUCCCGGCGAGACGGCACCUCCUCCGCUGCCGUCGGGCCUCCUCUGGGCCGGAGAUCGAGAUCUCUGUCCCGAGUUGGGCUCUGCGACUCCGAGAGGCGACGGAGGGGGGCACUCCUGGACUGGUGGGGGGGGGGAGCCAAUGCGGAGGAACUGCCCUUGUGUGGCCACGGAGAAAUACAUGCCCCCCCCGCCCCAUCCCAAGGCCAUCCAUCCAUCCAAGGGAACCCGCUUGGAACUAUCUCAGCAUCUACGAGGACCGCUUGGCAGUUUGGGGUGGGGGUGGCGCUCACAGACCCCGAAGCCGGAUCGAGCCCUCCACUUUCCGGGCGUAGGCGGGGGGGGGGGGGCGCUGGCCAAGGGCAGCCUGACACUCCUCCUUAAUGGAUGCGCCAGGAGGCACUUAUCGAUCCGAGCUGCAGCUGCGGCUGCUAAUGGAGCCUCUUCGGCGGCUGCUGUGUCAUCGGGACGGGCACGGAGCCCGCCUGGGACAGCCAGGGAGGGAGGCAGGAAGGCAGGCAGGCGUGGGGCGGGAUCAGCCCCCGCGGGCAGGCCGGGGGAAGGGGCCUGGCCCGAGCGCCUCUGCCGGACGCCCCCUGGGGCAGCCGGACCGGGGGCCGAGGGAAGCGGGCGCAGGAGCGCCGUCGUGCUGCCGGAUGCGCCGCGCGCUCGCCUCGCCUCGCCAGCCUCCGCCGCCGCCGCCGCCGCACCUGGCCAGCUGCCUCGGCGGAGCUUUCCGGGGGCGUUUCUGGCGCGGGCCGAGGCAGGCGCGGGCCGAGCGGGGGCCGGGGGAGCCCUGAGCGAAAAGAACAGCUGCUGCUGCUGCCUCCGCCGCCUUUUUCCGCGAGGAGGCUGUCGCCCCCCGCCAGCCCAGGGCAAGAGGGCGGACCCCCGGCCCACUCGCUGCCCCUCCGCUCCGGCCGGCUGCCCAGCGGGGCCCGGGCGGGUGGGCGAGCCGGCCCGGCCUGAGACAGCUCUCCGUGGGCUGGAGGUGCCGCCUUGGAGCCGCGCUGGGACCCAUCUCAGGCCGGCCUUUGUAGGGGAGAGCGGGGCAGAGCCAGCCCGCCUGCCUGCCUGCCUGUCGGGAAGCCGCCUCCCGCCUCUCCCCCUUCCGAAAGGGGGAAAAAGUUUAUUGCUGCGUCUUUUACGACGGGAGCUGGGUUAGAUUUAAAUGUGAGAAUUUCAGGAAUGUCACACCCCUGGAAGGCCGGCGGAGAUGUUUGAUGUCUCCUGGCUGACAGUUGCUGGGAGCCCAGAGGAGACGGCGGCCCCGGUUCUAUCUCCCGGCACCAAAAAACAACCCCGAACUGCCGCUGAACUCCUUCUGAGAGAGGGAGCCGACCGUGGCUUGAGAAUCGGGCGGGAGGUUCUUCCCCAUCCCUUCCUGCAGCCGCAGGCCAGGCUCCUGUGAGAUGGCCGGAGGGCUGCGUUGUGGGGGGAGGCAGAGGAGGGUCCUGUCCUCUGCUCUUAGGGGACGGGGGUCUGGCCUGCGGAGAACCGGCUUGCUGCCUCUUGCUCUGGUCUGAGGCUCUGCCUGGCAGCACCCACUGCUGGGAUCUUCUGGUCUGCCUGACCCUUCACUUGCCCCCCCCCCCAGCCCUGGGCCUUCUCUGAACAACCCCUUCCCCAGCCCCCUUCUCCCUCCCUCCCACUUCAUGCUUUGGCCCUCAAGCAUCUUCCUUAUGGCAGGCUUUUGUAAAAUCUGCAGCACUCACCUGGGAAUCAGCCUCACUGAGCUGCAGAGGACUUGUGUUUGAAUAGACAUGCAUAGGAUUGUGGUUUAAAUUAAAAUUUUUGAAGGUGAGUGCUCUCCCUCAGUCUUCUUGGGGGCUCCACAGCUGUUGCACAGCAAAUAUUCCCCUGAUCUUUGGUCUUCAGCACCAGGGUUUGAAAUUCUAAGAUUAUGCAGGAGACAAACAGGGUCUUAGCUCAGUGAGGUCCUGGGCACUUUGGAGGAGCUGUUUUCAUCAGGAUUGCAGCUGGGGAGGAAAGGGUUAACCCCACUCCUCUUGCCUGCUUUGAUCCUGAUAAUUACUGCCCUCCCCCAUUCAAAGAGGCUGCUAUUUACAUUAAAGAGCACAUUACAUGCAAAUACACAUUUAAUGUCAUGUCUUAUGUGACCCCAACCUAGAGCCUAAAACAGAACUUUCCAUGUUGUUGACACACAUUUUAGACAUGCAUCAUUUCGUGACACAGUAAUUCAGUUUUACUUGCAAACUGGCAGGCUGCCUGCUCCCUUUCCAGCCCCAGAAGGAGAGGGGAUGGGGAGGUGGUCCGUGGUCAGCACAGUGCAAGCACCCUGACAGGCACACCAUAUUUCCUCUCCCAGUGUGUUUGCACUGCAUCAACCUCCCCUCUCCUUCCUGGGGAGCAGCAGCAGGAUGGACACAUCUGCUGCUGACUCAUCCGGAGACCCCAGGUUGUAGGCCCUAAGGGGGAAGGCAGAGCUGCGAGCUGCAGGCAGGGGCAGGGAGAAGGGAAGGAGGGAAGGCCCCAGAGGAGCCUGUUGCAGUCCCAGCUGAGGCUGGCAGGUUGGUCAGAGCAGGCGGGAGAGCGGAGAGCUGUCAUCCGUCAUCCCCUCAAUCCCUUGUGGCAAAUAUUCCUUCCGCCCACACUGUGAUUUUUAUGGCUUAAAGCUGAGGGCUAAAUUACAUGUUUCAUGGGCGAUCCAUUAUUAGCGGGGAUAUAUAUAUAUAUAUAUAUAUAUAUAUAUAUAUAUAUAAUCUCAAGUGGGACCUGCAAUGAAGUGUGCUAGCCAGUCCCUCAUGCCAUUUCCCAGGGCACUUCAUUCCAUCUCCCCAACCCCAACCAUCUCUGAGCAUUCUUUUUUUUUUUUUUAAUUAAUAUUUAUUAAGUUUUCAAAGAAUAACAACAAAAAUUUCCAAAAAAAUUUGAAAAUACAAAAAACAAAAAUGAUAAAGAAAUAAAAAAGAAAAAACCCAACCAUAAAGAAAAAAAGAAAAAAGAAAAACAAAAGUAUAAAAUCAUUUACGAUCUCUGUUAACUUCCUUUCUAGACUUCCUCCUCCUCCCCUCUCUUGUUUCUUAAUUUUUAAUUUUUACAGCAAAUCCUUUCUGUUUUUUCAUAACAAUCUAUCAUUACAUUUCCUUAUUCUAUUUUCCCUCUUGUCAUAUAAAAACUUUAAAACUCAAAGCUUAUAUUCAGUAUUUACCAAAUUCUUACAUCAUUACCUUUUUGCAAAUCAUUUACCAAUCAUUACUUAAGCCAUAUAGUUUCAUUCAACAUCUUUCAAACAUUUAUGAACGUUCCCAAUAUUGAAAAAUAGAAAAAUAAAAUAAAAUAAUAAGUCAGACACAAUCCAGUCAACUUCCAGCGCCCCUCCCCUGGACCCGGGAUUGUCAGUCCUUUUAACCUCAAUAGUCCGGCUCCUUAACCUGGUUGUCUCGUGUCCGAGGCCCUCAAAUCUCUUUCUUGCCCCUUUCGCAGCUCUUCUUGAUGUUUCCCUUUCAGUCGUGGGUACUCCAGCAGAAAGAUACUUUUGACCCUUUGCAGCAAGUCCAUCCCAUGCCCAUUGUCCAAGCCAGACAGCAGAUAAUACCACUUCAAGUUUCCUUGAAACUUGGAGGCUCCGACUACUCCAAUCCUCUGAUGGCCCAUCACCAGACUCGGAAAGUCCAGAUAACCAUAUAAAGGGGGGUCAAUCCAUCCCCCAUUUCCAAAUCUAACCACAUUUCAUCUUUCCGAAUCUGAUUUAUCCCAAGUUCAUUUAUCAAGUUCAAAGGCUGAUCCUGCCGGUCCAAAGGUCCCUCCAUCUCUGAAGCCUCCAUCACUACAGCAGGUUCAUAUACUUGUAGAUAUUUUAACUGAGUUCCAUUUACUUGCUGCUGUGCUCUGGUAACUUCCGUCAUCAAGGUCGUCUCCUGACGCAUCUGGUCCAGCUGGGCACUUAGUUUUGAAAAACCUUCCAGGAACAUUUGUUCAAGCCUUUGUACAAGCAUUGUCCUUCAAGGUCAAAGAAAAUUCUUUCCCACGAUUAUAGUCCUUCACUUUUAAGCUCUCUGCGUUGCAGUUUCACUAAAUCCCACUAGAGGGAAAACCUUUUUUUCUUUUUCUUUUUUAUAAAGGAGAAAAACAUCAGCAACAGUCUUUCUUUUCCAGAUACACUUUAUCCAAAGUUCCCCUUCAAAAUUCAAGAGGCAACAGUAGAGUCACAAUGUUACCCUUCUUUUAACUAUCUGUCGAGCUGGACAAGCUUCAAAACGUCAGUUCUGACAGCCCGCUCCUGGUUCAGGGCGGUGGAAAAUUACUUUGUUUUAAACUCACUUCCGCAGGGUUAAAAGUCCAAAACAACCCCUUCUUCUCCUGCAGUCAAAGGGGGUUCAGAAAUCUUAGAUGUUGAAUUCUAGUUCUCUCAGAAUUUAAUUUUCAAGCUUUAGUAUAUUUUGUCUUUGCUUUCUUCACGUAACAAAAAGAACGGAAGGCUGACUUCCUGUUUAGACCUUCCCGUUCCAAGUCCCAAUUAAAUUCAAUUUCAAGUCCAAUUUAUUUAUUUAUUCACCAGUCUUAAAAGUAAUUCAGCUCUUCCAAGAUCAGGUACUCACGGAUAGAUGUUUUAGAUGCCAAAUUGUCCCAGGACAAAGGCAGCGCUCUCCGGAAACGGCAGUGCGGCGUUGCUGCACGAAAGAAGCAGUCGACUCACAGCACCACGCACCUCCACUCCGGGCCCGUUACCGGGCUCCUGUACAAUGGGAGAGAGCGCUCAUGGUGCCCGCUGAGUCCCACGUCCACAGGCUUCGUCCGCCUGUGGGUUUUAAGGGUCCCCGCUGCGCCGUAGCGGUAGGACCCAAGCUUCCGUGCAGCGGGUUCCCUUCAACUUGAAGGGAAUUCCGCCAUUUUUCCGGAGGCGCCACCCCGGAAGUCCCCAUCUCUGAGCAUUCUGUGCAGGCUCAGAAUAUUGUUUUUGUCCUUCUUCAAGCCGUUGGCUGUCUCUGCAGCUCCUGCUGAGGCUUCUCCCCUCUUGGGCCCGGAUACAGGUGGGUCAUUUGGGUUGACCAGAACAAUCCAGAGAAUGCAGCAACCCUCCUUUGCAGCAAGGUUGCAGUGUUUGGGAAUUUAUAGCUUGGAGAAAAGAGAAGUAAGAGAGGUGGCAUGGUAUAUUUAUUAUUAUUAUUUAAUUAUUGAAUUUAUAUGCCACCCUAUACCUGAGGGUAGAAGUUUAUAAAAUGAUAGCAGGUAUCAAGGGAGCAUGGCUGCCUCUCACAAUACUAUACAUUGGUCCCUUGCUUCUCAAACUUAAUCUAUUCCGGAAGUCCGUUCCAAAACCAAAGCGUUCCAAAACCAAGGUGUGUUUUCCUAUAGAAAGUAAUACAAAAUGGAUUAAUCCAUUCCAGGCUUUUAAAAACAACCCCUAAAACAGCAAUUUAACAUGAAUUUUACUAACUAACGAGACCACUGAUCCAUAAAAUGAAAGCAGUAAUCAAUGUACUGUACUAUAAAAUAAAUAAAACAGUAUUGUAGAUGAUAAUUUUUUUUAAAAAAAAUUCUUACCUGCAUUGAUGAUAGUCACUGAUUGGAUGGGGGGCUUUUAUCCAUUUCUGCAGUCUCACAAUCCAUCAAUCAGUAGCUGAACUGGGUUCCACACAGUCACAAAAACAAAUUAACCAAAACAGCCUCAAAAACAAAAACGCAAAAUAAAUAGCAAAAACAAAAGCGUCAAACUUAAUCCAUUCUGGAAGUCUGUAUGACUUCUGAAAUGCUCAAAAACCAAGGCACAGCUUCUGAUUGGUGUAGGCACCCCAGAAACAAUAGCCGACAGCCGCAUCGAAUGUCCAGCUUCCAAAAAACGUUUGAAAACUGAAACACUUACUUCCGGGUUUUCAGCAUUUGGGAACGAAGGUACCAGUGUAACUUGUGGGCAUUCAGUGAAGCUGAAUGUUGGAAGAUUCAGGAUGGAUAAAAGGAAGUCCUUCACACAGUGCUAACAGGCAAGGAGAGAAAUUAAUGAUGGAAAAUAAUGAGUAUACUUCUAUUAUUGUUUUUAUAUUCCAGUUUUCUACACGCAUAAUGAAUUUCAUGUUAUUCAGCAGCAUCGUGUCACAAUCCCCCUUCAAACGUGGUCACCGAGUGGCUUGGGAGCCCUCACAAUGCUCCCCCGCUGCUUUUUGGCUAUUGCGAUUUCUGGUGUGAGAUUUGUGUCCAUUUAUAGCUUUAUUUACUUAUCAAAAACACUUGUAUACAGUACUGUAGUUUCAUAAAUUUCAGAGUGGUUUACAACAGUGACAUAUAUACAAGAAAAAACACAUAACAACUUAAAACCAUAGUUCGCCAGCUAACAAGUACAGAGGGUUUUUUUCUGAAUUGCCUGUAUGAGGCCGGUGGCAACGAAAAGUUUUCAGCAAACUUAGACUGAGAGGUGCCUUCCAAAUCUCUGUGGCAGAACAUCCCACAGGACUGGGCUGAUGACACCCAAGGCGGACUUCCUUGUUCUUGUCAAAGGAGCUUUGCCAACUCAGGGAACAGCCAACGAUGCUCUUGCAGAUGAUCUCAGUGCCAGAGCUGGGAAAGAAGGCGUCAGGGAGUGCCUGGGGUGCCCUGGAGCUAAGUGGUUCAGGACUUUGUAAAGUAAAACAAGGACUUUGCCCCUGCCCUGAUAGUGUAUGGGCAGCCAAUGCUGCUGUUUAUAAUAGAAUAAUAAUAAUUUAUUAUUAAUACCCCGCCCAUCUGGCUGGGUUUCCCCAGCCACUCUGGGCGGCUCCCAACAGAAUAUUAAAAACAACGAUAAAACAUCAAACAUUAAAAACUUCCCUAAACAGGGCUGCCUUCAGAUGUCUUCUAAAAGUCAGAUAGUUGCUGAUUUCCUUGACAUCUGAUGGGAGGGCGUUCCACAGGGAGGGCACCACCACUGAGAAGGCCCUCUGCCUGGUUCCCUGUAAGCUCCCUUAUUGCAGGGAGGGAACCGCCAGAAGGCCCUCAGCGCUGGACCUCAGUGUCUGGGCAGAACGAUGGGGGUGGAGACGCUCCUUCAGGUAUAUUGGACCGAGACCGUUUGGGGCAUUCAAGGUCAGCACCAACACUUUGAAAUGUGCUUGGAAACAUACUGGGAGCCAAUGUAGGUCUUUCAGGACCGGUGUUAUGUGGUCUCAGUGGCUGCUCCCAGUCACCCUGUGCCCCCAUCAGCAGUCCAGCUGUCUUCCAUCCGCUUUGGCUAGUAGCCCAGCUGCAUCCCUAUCUGGCCAGGGACAGCCUCACUCCUGUCGUCUAUGCUCUGGUAACCUCUAGGUUAGAUUGCUGCGAUGUGUUAUAGAUUUAGCUGCCUCUGGAGAUGGUUUGGAAACUUCAGCUGAAGUGCAGAAUUCAGCAGCCAGGUUGCUCACUGGGACAAAACUGUUUGACCAUGUAAUGCUGAUCCUGGUCUGCUGCAGGCGCAAUUCAAAGCGCUGGUUUUGACCUAUAAAGCCCUCAAUGGCUCAGAACCACAACACCUCAAGGACCGCCUCUCACCAUAUAAACUGAUCCAGACCCUGAGGUCAUCCUCUGAAGCCCUUUUUUGUGUGCCUCUUCCACGAGACAUCCAGAGGGUGGCAACACAAGAAGGGGCCUUUUCUGCAGUGGCUCCCCAUUUGUGGGAUGCUCUCCCCAGAGAAGCUCACCAGGCGCCUUCAUUACACAGGUAUAGGCACCAGGCGAAAGCAUCCCUCUUCAACCAGACCUUGGGUUGAUUAACAGCCUUAGGCCCUUUUAAAUGUGGAGAGGGGGUUAUUGUUUUGUAGUUGCCUUUAUUCUGUAUUUUUAUCUUGUGAACUGCCUUGAGAUCUUAAGAUGAAGGGCAGUAUACAAAUUUAACAACAACAGCAAUGUUAUUCUGCCCCAGGCCCCAGGGCAGCCCCGCAUAUAGUGCAUUUCAGCAAUCCAGCCUUUAGGUUGCUAGUGCAUGGACUAUAGUGGUCAGGCAAGUCAUUCCCUGACCAGUGUUCCUUUUGCACACAGACGGGCCUCUCUGUUUGGUGCAGAAUUGCAUUUUACGUCAGGCUGGAAGGUGAGCAAGUGAAGGAGCCCCUGGUGUUCUGGAGUCUGUGAUAGUAUUGCCGGAUCUGGCAUGGUGGGCAGAGCUGGCAUCUGUGCCUGAUGCAGGGGCUGCCCCUCUGUCUGCUUCUCUUCAGAUGUGCCUGUCGCUGCUGCUGCUGCUGCUGCUGCUGCUGCUGAGAAGCUGUUUUAGCUUAGGGGUUUAUCUGUCAGCAGGGCUUGCCGUGGGGGAGAAGAUUCACGGUCAAAGGCUGGAGAUCCUUGGUGAGGCAUUGAAGGGCUUUCAGCUGGUUGCUGGAGGGGAAGGCAAGUGGUUCUCUGCCCUCUCUUGCCUAGGCGGCUCCUCUUGGUUCUCUGUCUUUUUCUCUUUGUCAGAUGUGUCUUGCUGUCUAAGAAAUGCCUGACGUAAAUCACCAGUAAGUACAAUAUUAUAUAUCUGGGUCUGAACAAAGGCAAUGGCCUCCUGUUGCAAUGCAGCUGCCAGUUAACUCAGCAACACCAAGUCCCUCACCUGUCAUGGUGCCGAAGGCCCUUCAUUAUUUUGCAGGCCGCCUAGUUCUAACUGAAUUGUCCUUGCCUGGACUUUGCACACUUCAUUUCUCUCUCAUCUUCCUGCUUACAACCCUCCCUCCCAAUGGGUAAGUGAGGGUUUCUGCAUCUGAUGAAGUGGACUCGAGACCACAAAAGCUUAUUAUGCCAUAAUAAAUUGGCUAGCCUUGAAGGUCACACAAGACUCUUGGGUUUAUUUUUGGUUCCUAGAAGUUGCAGCCACAGAAGACCUCAGUUGUUGCCAGGCCUACUCCUCCUCCUCUUCUUCUGCCUUCUCCAUCAUACAUUUGCUUAAAUUGUCUUGUAAAGCCACCUCUAAGCUAGUCAUUUCCAUCCCUCUAGUAUUCCUUAUGCCCAGAUCACACUGCUUAAUAUACAGUGGUACCUCGGGAUACAGAUGCUUCAGGUUACAGACGCUUCAGGUUACAGACUCCGCUAACCCAGAAAUAGUACCUCGGGUUAAGAACUUUGCUUCAGGAUGGGAACAGAAAUUGCAUGGUGGCAGCAGGAGGCCCCAUUAGCUAAAGUGGUACCUCAGGUUAAGAACAGUUUCAGGUUAAGAACGGACCUCCAGAAUGAAUUAAGUUCUUAACCCGAGGUACCGCUGUAUUCUCAUCAGGGCUUUUUUCAGCUGGAACUCACUGGAACUCCGUUCUGGACCCUCUCAGGUGGGCACUGUUGCCGUUAUAAGAGAACAAGGGAGGUGUUCAUGGUGAGUUCUGGCACCUCUUUUUCUAGAAAAAUAGCACUGCUUCUCGUGAAAACAGGCCACUUGUUCCUACCCUCUCUUUCUAUUUUUCACCCUCCCUCUUAUCCCAUGACUGCGAAGGUCACUCGGGACCCUUGUGGGAGGGGCUUUGCCAAAAGCUUUUGGGAAAGUCCAGGCCUGCAGGGUCUUAUCAGAUCACCUCUGUCCACUUGCUUGCUGACACUCUUGAAGAACUCCAAAGGGUUGGCAAAGAAGGACUUGCCUUUGCUGCAGCCAGGCUGCCAUGUCCAAAGCGAAGCUUGUUCUUCUGUAUGGUGGACAGCCCUUCAUCAAGCUGUCAGUUUUUCUGUGAUGGGAGUCAGGCGGACUUUGAUGCCAGCCAGUCCUUUAGCUGAACUCGAAUUCCUCUCCCUGCCCGGAAAUCUGGAAGGCAUGUCUGGACUCUGCCAGGGCUCAUCCCAGGCUGCCGGUUCUGGUGCAACCUAAUUUCCUGAUCUCAUUUCCCUCCCAUCUGUUUUUGCCUUUGGAAGUGAUAAUGAUUCCCUGCCCCCCUUCAAGGGUGCCAGUUGCUCUCCCACCCUAACCAGAUCCACUUGAGACAAAGGCGAGGGAGGGUCUGGCGUCCGAACGGGGCCCUGGGGCCCGGGACUCUGUGCUGGUGUGGCAACGUUGGUGUGCUGCGUCAGCGAGGCAUGGCCUGCGUUCCAGGCAGCGUGGAAGUCGUGCCAAUGCGCCGUGUGUGCCCUGGAGGUUGGUCUGCCGCCUGCCUGCUCCUCAAAGGCCAGAGCUGGGGUUCGUGCAAAAGCGAAGGUGAGACCAGGGUGCAUUCAGGGCUCCUCUGGGCGACUGUGUGGGCUGCCUGAUAUCCCGGCAUCUGCUGCCUCUCCAGCUGUUGCUCAACAUCCCUUGCCUGCCAGCUGGGCCAGGUUGGGGCGAGCGCUUCAGGCCUUGGUGGGGAAGGAGGGGGCCGUGCUUCCUGGAGAGGUUUGGAGAGGGCCUUCCUCCCCUCCCCUCCUCUCUGGAGAGGCUGCAGCCCACUUUCCUAUGGCAGGCAGCCUGCCGUGGGCUAGGGCUCCCCCCAUCAUGUGCCACGCAAGGAGCCGCCCCCUCCUUCCUGUAACUGGAGCUGCCUGGUGGGGCCCUCUGUUUCCAAUUACGGAGCCAGGCAGAAGGUGCUGGAAUCCGGGAACCUGCAAAUUCUUUCGCCACAACCGCAAACCCAAACAUGUUUUUGUGCUGUUUCUUCUCGCUGCCUCGGCUGCGCCAGGGCUGCUCCUUCGCCAUAACAUUGGAGUCGGGAGAGGAUGGGCACGACCUGGACCGUGGUCUGGGCACAGCAGUGGGGCCGGGGGACUGAGCUAGACCCCUGGGAAGACGGAGGCACUUUGGGGUGUGGGUUCCCAGAGAUUUCCAGGUUUGGGGUUGCUCCUCCUGGACCGGUCUUUGUUGCUGGAGGCUCAGGUAGCCUCAGUGGCUUGGAGUGACUUUCACCAGGUGUGGCUGGUCUGCCAACUAUGGCCGUUCUUGGGCAAGGGAAAUUUGGCCAUGGUGAUACAUGCAUUGGUAGCCUCCAUGUGCUCUGGGUGGGGCUGGCCUUGGGCUUGCUCUGAAGGCUGCAGCUGGAGCAAAAGGCUUGACUCUUGAUGGGGUCAGAUGAUCACCAGCUCAUCCUGAUCCAAAGCUUGCAUUGGCUGCCCAUACGCCACCAGGCCAGGUUCAAGCAUCAGCCGAACAAAUUGGAUCACACACAUCCUGCUCAGUCCCUGAGGUCCUCAGUGGAGUCACUGUCCCUGGUCCCCCAGGACUCAGAUGCCUGCCUUGGCUCAUCUGUGUGAAGCUAACUCCCUCCCAGCUGAGGUCAGACAGGCCACCUCCCUGGGGCAGACCCUCCAAGUCUCCCUAUUUUUCCAGGACAGGACCGGAUUUACAGAAGCUGUCCCGGUUUCUGAUUUGACCCCGGAAUGUCCCGCUUUUCCUUAGGACGUCCCUAUUUUCUUCAGAGAAAUGUUGGAGGGGAUGGAGUUAUGUGACCCCUGAGCCAAAGAGAUAAGUAACUAUACAACCUUUUGAAGACUUCUGAAGGCAGUCCUGCAUAGGGAAGAUUCUUAGUGUUUUAAAUGUUUUGUUACGUUUUUAUAUAUGGUAUGUUGGAAGCGGCCCAGAGUGGCUGGAGCAGGGUAUAAAUACUAAAAAUAUCAUUAUUAUUAUGGAAUAGGACGUCCCUAUUUUCAUUGGAGAAAUGUUGGAGGGUAUGAUGUUGAACCUCCAGAGCCUACUGAACGCCUUUUUAAAAAUUUAUUCCAGCUGGCUUUUUAAUUGAAUUCUGAUGUGAAACGUUUAAGUCAUUUUUAGUCUUAUUGCAUUGGGUCUCUUGUACGCUGCUUAGAGAUGACUGCGAUUAGGUGGAAUACAAAUGGUUGAAACAAACAAAGGCCUGGCAGCCAGCGAUUUGUGGCAGCCCUCUCUCCAAGCCCCGAGGCUCACGGGGCUCCUUUCCUUCCAGUGUGAUGUGCCCUUAAAAAGGCUCCCCCCCCCCAGCUCUUCAAAAAGCUGCCAGGCCAAACCUGACAGAUAGCUCAGUGCCUGGGUGGGAGACCCCCUGGGACCCCCAGGCCCCCUGCCUGAAGUGCCAUGAUAUGGGACAGAAUGUGAGGAAGGAAAUAAUAUGAUCAAGGGCUUGGAGCAAGUCUUCUGUGAGGGACUGUUAGAAGAUUUGGGUUUUUUUCAUUUAUAAAGAAGGGCCAAUAAAUGGUAACAUGACCAAGGCGUGCACAAUUAUGAAUGGUGAUGAAGAUUCUCUUUCUCUAACUCACCCAAUGAAACUGAAUGCUGGAAGAUUUGGGAGAGACAAAAGGAAUUGGCACUUCUUCACAGGGUGCAUGGUUCAAUUGCUGCAAAACUUAAUGAUGGCUUUAAAGAGGGAUUAGACAAUCUGGGACGUGGGUGACGCUGUGGGUUAAACCACAGAGCCUAGGACUUGCUGAUCAGAAGGUCAGCGGUUCGAAUCCCCGUAACGGGGUGAGCUCCCGUUGCUCGGUCCCUGCUCCUGCCAACCUAGCAGUUCGAAAGCACCUCAAAGUGCAAGUAGAUAAAUAGGUACCGCUCCGGUGGGAAGGUAAACGGCGUUUCCGUGUGCUGCUCUGGUUCGCCAGAAGCGGCUUAGUCAUGCUGGCCACAUGACCCGGAAGCUGUACGCCGGCUCCCUCAGCCAAUAAAGUGAGAUGAGCGCUGCAACCCCAGAGUCAGCCAGGACUGGACCUAGUGGUCAGGGGUUCCUUUACCUUUAGACAAUUGGGGGGGGGGGAGCAGGCUAUCGGUGGCUUCUAGCCAUGCUUUGCUUCCCCUUUUGGAGGGAGAAAACUCUGCAUACUGGGAUUCCCAAGGAGUGGGAGAGAGAGAGUUAUCUUGUGCUCAGACCCCAUUUUCAGGUUCCCCAUAAUGGGCACCUGGCUGGCCAGCCCCUGUGGGGAAGAGGAUGCUUGAGCAGGUGGGCCCCCCUGGGCCUGAUCCAACAGGCUCUUCUUGGAAACUGCAGGAGGAGAGAGCUGCUCUUGUGCCCCCGGGUCCUGGAUGCUGGGCUAGAUGGGCCAUUGGCCUGAUCCUGCAGCCCCCUCUUCUGUCCUUAUGAGCCAAGCCAUCUGAGGAGCUGACACUGGGCAAGGCAGCAGGCAUGGAGAGGGUCUCCCUGUCAGAGGCUGCAGCAGCCCCCCGCCUUGUGGUCUAUGCUUCUGGGCAGGUGGCACGAAGGGAGCUGGGGUUAGGCUGUCCUCUCUGGGUACCCCAAAACGGGGAAUUCUGUGGGAGCAAUAAAUAAGAGCAGGAUAGCCUGACGGAAGCAAACCCUCAGCCCGACAGCACUCCAGGAGCAGCAAAGAACCGGUCAGGAAGCACUUCAGACGCCCUUGCUCUUGAGGAACAAUGAAAUGGAAGGACUCCUGGCGCCUCCCUGUACAAAGACAGCCGACCUUUAAGGACCAGAUGCUGGGAGAGUCUGUGCCCUGCCAGUGACUCGGAGGAGGAGGGUGGCCUGGACAGACCCGAUCGGCUGCAGCAGCAAAAUCAUUCCUAGGUUAUAACAAGAGGGAAAAUGGGUAGUUAAUAGCUGAGUACGUUGGUGCUUGGUUCUCAAACUUAAUCUGUUCUGGAAGUCCGUUCCAAAACCAAAGCGUUCCAAAACCAAGGUGUGCUUUCCCAUAGAAAGUCAUGCAAAACAGAUUAAUCCAUUCCAGACUUUAAAAAAAAACCCUAAAACAACAAUUUAACAUGAAUUUUUCUAUCUAACAAGACCAUUGAUCCAUAAAAUGAAAGCACAAUCAAUGUACUGUACUAUAAAAUAAAUAAGACAGUAUUGUACAUGAUAAAAAUUAAAAAAAUUCUUACCUGUACUGAUGUUAGUCAUUGUUUGGAUGGGGGGCUUUGAUCCAUUUCUGCAGUCACACAAUCCAUCAAUCAGUAGCUGAACUGGGUUCCACACAGUCACAAAAACAAAUUAACCGAAAAAGCCUCAAAAACAAAAACACAAAUUAAAUAGCAAAAACAAAAGCGCCAAACUUAAUCCAUUCCGGAAGUCUGUAUGACUUCUGAAAUGUUCGGAAACCAAGGCACAGAUUCUGAUUGGUGCAGGUGCCCUGGAAACAAUAGCUGACAGCCACAUUGGGUGUUCAGAUUCCAAAAAAUGUUCGAAAACAGCAACACUUCUAGGUUUUCAGAGUUUGGGAACCAAGGCGUUUGAGUACCAAAGCACCAGUGUACAGAAAUGCAGGUGCCUUUAAUCCAGGGGUCAGCAAGGUUUACCUCGCCUGGGCCGGUUCACUCCAGCUGAGAUCCCUCCAUUGGCCAGAUUGCAUGUGUGUCUGUGAUUUCCGGCGUCUGCGUCCACAUAGACGCGAUUUCCAGCACCAUGGAAGUGAGUCCCUGCGCCACACUGUGCCGGUUUAGCGCAGCGCGUGGGGACUCGCUGAGUGGGAGGCUCGGUUCAGGGGCGGCUCGUGGGCCAAUUAAAUGACCCCCGUGGGCCGCUUCUGGUUUAUGGGCCUUAGCUUGCCUACCCCUGCUUUAAUCCUUUCCUCCUUUUCAAGGCUGGCAGGAUCCCUUUCACCUGCUGACAUGUGCCUUUGUUCCUUUUGCGUGUCUUUGAGAUGCCUGUGUCCCUCUUUGGCAAGAGAGGGCUUGUCUCUGUUAGGAUCUAGUUCCAUUCCACCUUAAAAGGGAACAGGCAUGACUGCUGUGUGUCACAUGCCUGUUUACUUCCAGCGCAGAUCUGCUGGGAACUUCCGUUUGUAUGUUGCUUUUGCUUUUAGCUGUUUUGCUGGAGACGAAGGGAAGCAGACAUGUUUUUUCCUUUGUUCCCGAACUAUGCUGAAUAAAUGCUGUAAUAUACUGCUUACACACGGCUCUGUCCGCCUCUUCUGCUGCGAGAAGAUUUAUUCACUCUGCUGACAGAGGGUGCACGGGUCUCUAAAUGUAUCUGAGGCUCGUGUCGCUGAUGCUGUUCCAAGGGAGACCGGUGAUCGCCCGGCUGCCGGCCGGUGGCUGGAGAGGCCCCUUCCCCUGCCUGAGCCCCCUCCCUCUGUGCGCUUCCUCCCUCAGUCAUCUACAUCUGUGGGCCGCUGGAGAUGCUGCACCAGAUCCUGCGCCUGGCGCAUUACGAGAGCAUGACCCUGGGAGACUACGUCUUCUUCUACGUGGACGUCUUUGGAGAGAGCCUGCGAGCUGAGGGCAACCGGGAGGCGGGCAAGCCCUGGCAGAGCAAGGAGGGCCAGGACCCAGGAGGCCUCCAGGAGGCCUUCCGAGUAAGUCCAGCAGCGGGGGGCGGGGGGGGGCCAAAGAAUCAUAGAGUUGGAAGGGACACCCUGAGGAUCAUCUAGUCCAACUCCCUAGAAGAUGAUAUAGGCCCUGAUGAAGACUGGUCCUGGGGCUUCAGACCCUGCUCAGGAGGGAGUCCAAUGGACACAUCAGAUGAUAUGACUUAAUCUUAAAGACAAGAGUACCUCUGAGCAGGCACAGAGGGCUCUCUUCCUGGUGCUGUAAGCAAGGCCAGCUGUCUUCUGCUGCCUAUCUGCAAUUUUGGACCAGUAUGAAGUAAGCAGCACAUAAGCGGCACACAAAACACAGCCAAACCAUUCCACGUUCUAAAUCUUAUAUUAAUAAUCCAAAAAUUGAGAGAACCAGGUACAAAAUCUACUACAGAAGCCACAAACAGAAAACUCAUUCAAAUUGUGUCCAAAAGGAAGAUUCAGUCUUUAAAGUUCCUUUAGCCAGGCUCCUGUAGAUAUCAACAAAGGUAAGUUUGAUCGAACGAAGUGUCGGGGAUGUUCGCUGAAGGGUUAGAUAUCAACGAUCCGAUGCCGCUGUCAAUGAAGAUGUAACUUCCCCGACACUUCGUUUGCUUACUUCAUACUGGUCUAUAACGAGAAUUGGCAGCCUAGGUUCAUUUCUUCAGUAUCUGCAAUUUUGGGCAGAGCUUUUGGGGUGAGUUAAGAAGACUGGUCCACCUUGGCCCUCCUUUGAGUAACCCCAGACUGCAGGUACUUUUGGCUGGUCAGGUUCAGUUGGGCACCUUCAUGAGGGUGAGAAGGCAGCCGGGGGCACAGUUUUUCUAAGGAGCUGAGAGAGGGGAGGAAGGCCUGGCCUGGAGCUGGAGCUGGAGCUGGCAGGGCCACGUCCCCCCCCCCACGGUUUCGGCCUCGUGUGCUGACUCCUCAUGGGCGCCUCUGUAUAGGGUGACCGGGUGCCACAGGUUGGGUGGCCAUCCAUCAUAGAUGCUUUAGCUGCAAUUCCUGCAUCACAGGGGGCUGGACUAGAUGACCCCUGGGGUGCCUUCCAACUCCGCCAUUCACACCCCCCUGCCUCUCUUGCAGACGGUGCUGGUGAUCACCUACCAUGAGCCCCAGAACCCAGAAUACCAGAGUUUCCAGAGCCAGCUGAUCCUUCGUGCCCGGAGGGAGUCCAACGUGGAGCUCAAUGACUCGCUGGUAAGUCCCCGUCGCGUCCCCCCAGCUCCCCCUCUGGAGGAGAGACAAGCAGCCCGCACUGUGGGGCCAGAGGCUUUCCCCUGGCCAGGGGGCUGAGCUUGGGGGCUGCUGGAGGGGGGCACCGAGGGACUGGCUUCAGAGUGGGGGGCAGGCAGGCCGGCACCCCCCGUGGCCUGGGCUUUGAGGUGAGGGCCUUUGCCAGGCUGAGGGGAGGUGCUCCAAACAGGAGCCAAAGAUGAGGAGAAAGAGGGCGCUGUGGGUUUGGUGGGGGGAUCUUGCUUACGGCUUGCGCUGGGCAGCAGAGGCAGCAGAGGCUGGCUCCAGCGUCUGUGGCAGAAGGACCAGGCAGGCGCCACUUAGCAUGGAAAGGGUCACAGGGCAGCCGUGAAAGGGAUUUCUGGGAGGGACCCCCCAGGAGCUGAGGAGCAUCUGGUCCCUCCAGGGAGGGUGAGCUCAGUGUUCCCCAGGCAAGAUGCUGAUAAUGGGCCUUCAGAGACAGAGGGGAGCCAGUCGAGGGGGCAAAGGGAGCAGAUGGGACCGUGUAGCGUAAUGCCCCCAAGCAUUGUGACUGUAUUUUUAGAAUGGGUUAGUCGCCUUAUGCAAAAAAAGAAAUGUCUCAAAGCGAUUUGACAGCACAAUAAAAUGCAAACAGACAGAAAAGUGAAUGAAAAGCCAAAUGAUGUCAUUUAAAAUGGCGUGUUCUCCUGGGGAUCUUCAACUGGUCCAGGCCUGAGACCCAGCCUGCACCAAGGGAUCCCCUUUUGCACAUUCAAGCCUGAUUUAUACAGUAUCAAUGCUAAAGUGAUAAUUCCAUUGUUCCAUUAGUAUUAUUGCUAAGUGAUUUUUGCACUGGUUCUGAGCUGAAAGGCUGAAAAGACUCUGAAAAUCAGUGGUGCUGAGCAAUCUCUCUCUUUCUCUCUGUAAAUUAAAACUUAAACCUCCUGACCCACAUGUGUAGGAGAAAUAGGAGAGCAAAACAGGCUGUGAAGCCCUUUUAGCAGAGUAUAAACACUUAUGUGCUGUUGCAGCUUACCGGAAGCUAUGAAUUAGGCAACUAUCCUUGUUUAUUUGUGGUCUACUGACCUUCCAUUUUCUUUGUCCUUGUUGCUAAGAAUGAACCACACAUUUUAGUAAGAUAAACUUAUAAGGUUUACUUACAUUUCAAUGCAGGCAGCAAAUACAUCAAAGUUGUAUGCAGGCAAAAAUACUGCUAUGUUACAAAAUACAAACUUAGUUUCCAAAAUGGAGUCUGGGUUUUGAUUGGAACCCAGGCAUGUACAUCUACUCACAUUGCUGGCUUGAAAGAAGAGAGAGAGAGAGCACUCAGGCAGGGAGGAAGUAGAUAAGAUUAUCUCCUCUGUUAGAAAUUUCUGCAAAAGCAUUAAGGAAGUAACCUCAAACAGCCCCUUCUAUAUUGAUUCAGGAACUCUAUGAGUGCCAGACCCUCAUGUGCCUGUCUGGCAAUCAUGUAUUUGUGAUUUUGACUGGAAAUGCCACAAAUAGGAGAAUGUGUCCCAGCCAGAUGCCAUCUGUGGCCUUAGCUGGAGUUCCACAUGGCAGUAGCAGCCAGGCCCAUGUAGAGGGUGGCAGGGGGGAACACAGUCCUCCCUACAGCUACGUCGGCUGCACCCCCAAGUCAUCAUAUGUAACUGGGCCAGCUGCUCUGUCAUUUUAUUUUAACCCGACUCCUGUCCCAGGCCUCAGACUAGCUCUGUGUAGGCCUGGCAACAGCCUUGCUCUCGCAAGCCCCCCAUAGCUUCUGACCCACCGACUGAGGUCCUGUGUGCUGCAAAGUGCUCAUCCAGUGAAGUCUGGAAAGCUCAAGUACUCAGGGCUCAGAGCCCCUUCCCCAACUCGACAGGCAUCUUGGAAACGUCAGAGAAAGGAAGGCUCAGGGGUUGAGGUGGGCGGCUGCAGUGAUCAGGCUUCCUAUGACAAAUCUACAGGAAGAGCAGAGUCCGCCCUUGUGGUCAGCGGCAGAACCUGCUCUCAAGGAGCCCUCCGUGUCGCAAAAGGGGGCAAAUGUCUUCCUGUGUUCUUGCCAGCCAGCGUGACCCGUGAGUUUCUGGGGAUGCCUGCAUUCAUAGUUUAAUAGAAUUGUAUAUUUGGAAGGGACGCCAGGGGUCAUCUAGUCCAGGCCCCUGCAAUGCAGGAAUUGAUAUCCUUAAUUUUUUAAAAAACACGUUAUUAAUAUUGCUAUGUUAUCAGUGCUUCUGAAACAGAACAUGAGGGUUUUCCCCAGAGUCAGUAUGGCUUAAGGGAUUUAUCUCCAAUGGAAAUUCCAAACCAAGCAAAAUAAUAGGGGGACAGAGAUGUGAGUCACUUUCCAACGAGGAGAAGCUAAAAGUGUUUUGGGCUUUUGGGUUUAGAAAGAAGGAAGCAGGACAAGAUGAGAGGUGUUUAUGUAUCUCAGCACAGUGUGGGGAGGGGGGGGCUUUCUGUCUGCCUGCCCUCCUGGGAGGCCCAGAACUCAGCUCUCCCUCAGAGAUGCUCCUCCCAGCAUCUUUGUGUUGUUUCUUCCUGUGCGCAGGAGGAGAGUCACCGGCUGGCUGGGGGUCCCUGAGUCCCUGGGACUGGGGGUGAAUUGAACCAAGGUCUGCCCCCUUUGGUCACGCUUUCUAUGCCUUGCAAAGGGGUCCUGGGGUGGGCAGCCCUUCCCUCUCCCUGUCCACUCAUGUACCAGGAUGAAUGUUGUUGUUGUUACAUUUAUAUGCAUCUCACAGCUUGUGUGGGAUAGGUGAUUGGCUGGUAGCUCUGGGAGCCUUCCCAGCAUGUGACUGGAAAGAGAAAAGGGGAACAGCUGGUUGUGAAUGGGCUUGCGGGGGGUGUGUGUGUGCUCCUCCUCCUCAGUUUUCCCAUGAGUGGCAAUGGGUGCCAAGUGUUGGGCUGCUGGUCCUGAUGGCUCUGCCUGCCUCCAGAAUCAGAGGCUGCAAUGCUUCCAAACCCCAGGAGAGGAGAGGGCUGCUCUCAGGCCUCAAUCCUGCUUGCUGCUUUUCCAGAAGAGGCAUCUGGUCAGUCCCUGUGAAAACAGGAUGCUGAGCUCGAUGGGCCGCUGGUCAGAUCCAGCAGCCUCCUCUCCUGUUCUUGUGGUGGGGGAGGCGAUGACGAGAGUCCUGAUCUGGGACAGGAUGUUGCAAGCCUGAUAAAGAUCAGCUGCAGAGAGGACCAGAGUUUGGAGAGCCUCUUUCUCCCGCCUGCCUUGGAAGAUGGAGAGGGACCUCUGUGCCAGAUGCAGGGACACAAAGCCCACCGUUCUUGGGGUGAGGAGCUGAGUCUUUCCCUCCCCGUCCCCGGAAGAUGUUUGGGGAGGAACGGAAGCUCUCCUCCCCAAGGUGUGUGUCUGGAGGGGAGACCUCGGAGCUCAGCCCAAGCCAGGCCCAUCUGCACCCAUCUUUGCUGACAGGAAGCUGCCCCCCCCGCAUUGCUGCUCCUGUUUCCAGGCUUCCUCUCCUCCCUCCCCCGCCUGCCUCCCCAGGGAAUUCCUGAGAAUCAAGUCAGAAUCCAAGGAGGGGUCUCAGAGGGACCCUGUUCAGGUCCCCCACUCUGCCAGGGAGCCCGUGACCCUCUCUUGAAUUGACCCACCUGGCAGGGUGGUUGUGAAGAGAGCAUGGGGGCACCCCCUGCCCAUUGCUGCAGCCAUGGGGUUCUGGGAGGAGGAAGGCAAGGUGAGAAAUAAAUAGGGAGGCAAAGAGGAGUCAGAGGAAGAAAAGUGGGAUGCUGUCAGCUAUACAAAGAGGCGGUGUUAGAAACUCAGAUAUAUAAGCUAGGUGUCAAAUGGCUCCUUAAAGCAGGGGUAUGGUUGCCAAAAUGGAAUAUCUGGUUGUCAUUUUGGGGCAAGAUGGCUCUAAAGUCUUAUUUUUCAAAUGAUGGACUAACUGAUUGAUUAUCAGUUAAACAUCUGGCUAGUUCAGAUGACAACCUUGAGCUAGGUUAAGAAUUUUGAGAACUUAAUUUUGGUCGCAAGUGGGAGAGAGCCGGGUGCAAAAUGUGCCUGGUGCCUGGCUAAUUUUGAACACUGCAAAGAUGGUGUGGUGGGAAUCUGGGGGAGGAGGAAUGUUCUUCCUCAGGGGCCAUUUGCUGAAACCAUAGAAUGGCAGAGCUGGAAGGGAUCCGAAAUGUCACCAUCACGUACAACUGCCUUCGAUGCAGGAAUCACAGAUAAGGAUUCCAAAGUGCAGCCCUUCUUCUCUGUAAAAAUGGACAUUUCGUUUGGGGUGGAAGGAGAGUGGACCUGGGAUGCCUGAGAGGAAGUCCCUGUGCCUGAAGGGGGAUUCCUUCCGUUGGACAUUCCUGCGACAUCUUCUGAACUUGGCCAUCGGUGAGGGUGUAAGGAGACAGCUGCGGUGUCCCUUGGGUGCUGGUCCCACUUGACCCCCAGGACCUGAGAGGGAUGGAGGCUGGACAAGGCUCCUCCAGAUCACUGAGUCCCAGGGGCUGGUGGGGCUUUGGGGGCUGGGCCUCUGCCAAGGCUGUGGGAAUGUUCAGGAAGGCAAGAGAGGAUAUAUUGUUUAUUAAUAUCCUUCCUAACUUGUGCUAGCAAGUUCCUUUACUUAGCAGAGUUUCACAUUCCCCUUUUAAAUGCACAGCGGAUAGCUGGUUGCAGGCUUGUGUAAGCCUCUCACUAUUAGGUUCCUGGUGAGUUCCCUUAGAUCCCUCUUAAAAGAAUAAACACACCACAAUCUUGUGUAAAGUAUAUAAAAGAAGUUUACUCACAUUAUCAGUUCACAGUUGGAUCCCUGAAGGCAGACUUAGUUACAAAGUAUUCACAUGUGGAUCUACCCCAUAUAGGGGGUUAAUCCCAGUGACUGCAGACUGGCAGCCACUGCAGUUCACACGACAAAAGGAAGACGGAAAAGAGGGAGGUUUUGCUUUUGUUACCUGCACAGGUAAGGUCACACCUACCUCUAGUUAUAUGCAAAAGGAAGUAUGUCCCAGCCCAGGAGGAAACAGGAAGUUCUGACUGGCUGGACCAAACAUCCCCUUGCAUGUCCACUCUAGGAAAACAAGGAAUGUUGUACUUGACUGCUACGUAUGUAGCACGUCCCACAAAGUCUGGUGGUGGCCGUGAUGAGAGUGUCCAUCUGCCUCCAGGCUGGGCUUGGUAUCUGCCUCUGCUUGUGGGCCUGCAGAUCCUGCCUUCAAUCCCACCCACGCCCUGUUUCCUUUCUCUCUGUCCCCCCCAUGGCAGAAGAACCUCGUGGCCGGCUGCUUCCACGACGGGCUCCUCCUCUACGCCAUGGCCCUGAACGAGACGCUGCAAGAGGGCGGCACCAAGCGCAACACCAGCCGCAUCCUGGAGAAGAUGAAAGGGCGCAAGUUCCAGGGUAACUGGGCGCUGGAGGCCGGCGGGGUGGGGCGGGGGGCCUGUGGGAGGCAGCUGGCAGGUGGCCUGAGCCAGGAUAAGGCAGGCAGGGGUGGGCUCUCAUGCUCGGAAUGGGUCCCCAGAGGAUGAUAAUGUGGGAAUGUUCAGGGUGGCAGGAGAGGAUAUAUUGUUUAUUAAUAUCCUUCCUAACUUGCGCUAGCAAGUUCCUUCACUUAGCAGAGUGCAUUCCCCUUUACACAGCAAAAAGCUAGUUGCAAACUCGUGUGAGUUUCUUAAGACAAUACGCAAUUCAGUCUGGCUUGUCCAGAUUGAAAUGUCUCCUAAUAUUUUCCUGGUAAGACCCCUUGAAUCCCUCCUGAAAGAAUAAAGACACCACAGUCUUAUUCAUAAGCAACAAAAAGAAAGUUUACUCAUGAUCAGGCAGAGGACAGUGUGAUCCCUGAAGACAAGCUUAAGGCUUAAAGUUACAUACAAACAGGUUUACCCCAUAAGGGAGAUUUACCUAGUGACUGCAGGUAGCAGCCCAGCAGUUCACAGGACAAAAAGAGGAAACAGGGAGGUGUGCUGCGUGACUCGUCCUUUUGUUACCUGGACAGGUGAGGUCACGCCCACCUUUUAUCACAUGCAAGGAAGGAUGCUCCAGCCAGGAGGAACAGGAAGUUUCAACUGGCUGGACCAAACAUUCCCUUACAUGUCUUCUCUAGCAUUACAAGGAAUGAUGUACUUGACUGCUCCCAGUGGAUUACAUCCCACAGAUGACAAGGCAGAAGGCCAUCUCUUCCUCCUCCUCCUCCUCCUCGCCCUCCAUGUGUCAUGAGUAGCAAUGGGGGUCAAGUAAGGCGACUCGGCUCUGCCUCCAUGAUCAGAGGCCGUCGUGCUUCUGAACACCAGUUCCUGGAAACCACAGGAAUGGAAGCGUAGAAGGGUAGAGCUGGAGGGGACCCCAAGGGUCAUUUAGUCUAACCCCAUGCAAUGCAGGGAUCACAAAGGAAGCAUCCUUGUCAGAUGGCCAUCCAGCCUCUGCCUAGAAACCUCCAAGAAAGGAGAGUCCCAUGGGGCUGGCCAUUGUGAGAACAGGAUACUGGACAGGAUGGGCCCCCUUUGCCUGAUUCAGCAGGAUCUCCUUAUUGUGGUAAGAAAAUAGAUCACCGUGAUCCAUGUGUGUAGGGGAAAUUUUAAAAAAUCAGCUGGAUACCUGGAUUCAAAACACGGGGCUUUACACACUUUCCAGUGUGUUAUUUACAAAUUCCAAGGUCUGAUUCGUGCAUUAUUCCAGGCAGCAACAAGAAGAACACAGGUAGAAAAGUUUUGGGUAAAAAAUACAGAUGGCUUCAAAUACAUGCUCUAAGCUUGGAGCACUAGGUUACAUGGCGAGAAGAGAAUGUGAGGAGCAGGAAGAGAAGGCUUCACUUCCUCUCUCUCCAGUGAAAAGGGGGCGUGCCCCACCUGAGUCUAGGAACACAGCUCUGUGAUCUUAACCCUUUUCUGCACUAGCUAGCACUCGUGCAUUGUUGUGUUUGACUGCCAUUUCCCCCACAUAUAGCCUUCUCUCUUUCCUGCCCUCCUCCUGCCCACAGGGGUCACUGGGACAGUCAGCAUGGAUGACAACAAUGACCGUGACACAGACUUCAACUUGUGGGCCAUGGCGGACGUGGAGAGUGGCAAAUUCCAGGUGUGAGCGGGAGCAAAUAAGCAGUGUGGAGAGGGUGACCCUGGUGUGGGUCGGGGAUGGAGGGUGAACCAAACAGGCGCCAGGGAGGAGUCCUCUGGGGAGAAGAAGGGCUGGAUCCAGUCCUCGGUUUGGAAUGCCUGCCCUUGGGGCAGGGCGAGAGGGGGCUGGGUGGCCCACACGGGUGUGUUGGAGCGAGGCAGGGACCCUCUGCCCUCGUGAGCCAAACUCUUCCCCCUCUCCCCACAGGUAGUGGGGCACUAUGUGGGAGCAGAGAAGCAGAUGAACUGGCUGGGAGCCAUCCCCUGGGUGAAGGGGGCACCGCCGCUGGACAACCCCCCCUGCUUUGACAUGGACGACCCCUCCUGUGACAAAAGUGGGUGCAUCUGGUCCCCCAAGGGUUGGCCCUCCCACCUCAUUGCACCCCAAGCCUGAGGGUGGGGGGCGGCCACCUCUCACCUUCCUUUGCUGCCCCUUUUGCCACCCCCCAGAUCGGCAGCAUUGCGCCUCCCCCCUAUGUUUCAGCGAGUCCAGCUGGCCAAAGCAGAUCUCCUCCUGAGGCGAUUCUGGCCAGGUAUGCCAGGAUCUUCCCCCCUGGUGCCACUCUGCCACUGUCCUUGCAGGUCCCCUCAACACGCUGGCCAUUGUGGCGUUGGGCGCGGGACUCACCUUCCUCAUGUUUGGCGUCUCCAGCUUCCUGAUCUUCAGGUGAGUGAGCCCCAGGUGAGAGUCUCCUGGGCCAGGCGCAUGGGAAGGUGGGCGGUGGGAACGAGGGAGACCCAAGGUGCUGAGGCAGAGCGCAGUCUGCUGUCAAGGGGGGGCAAGGACCCCCCCCCACGACAGGUGGGGCUGAAACACCACGGCUUGGUUCUGUGCCCACCUGGCUUAGCUCAGAUGCUUUGGCUCAGCCGAGUGUUUCCACUGCACUGCCCCCCCCCCCACAUUCUGGAGCUGCCACAAGUGGGGAGGAGAAUUAGAGCCCCAGAGUGAUUCUGUGAAUCGCACUCGAGCCCUUGCAGCUGCUCAGGACUCUAAACAUUGCUUGGCUGAUGCCAGCUGGCUCAGUAGCUCUGGACCUGCUCUGGGCAAGGGGUGCCCCCCCACGCCACCCCGUGACCUUCUCCAAGGACAAGCGGUCUCUCCUUCCCAGCCCUCAGUGUAUGCCUGGCCUGACCGACUGGUCCACUCCAAUGCCCUGCCAGUCCCAGAACAUGUGAAAGGAUGGCAGAGCACAGAGAGAUUCGGAGCAUGUACAGAGUGCUUUCAAAAUGGCCACUGUGGAACCGCAGCCAGGCCUCAGAAACACACCUUUGUUUCUUCCGUGAGUCAUCCCAACCCAGCCUCACAACUGGGACUCCAGAGCAGAAAGCAGGACUGUGGGAGACUGAGUGAGGAUUAAAUCUGUAGAUUAAAAUUUAAACCACCCGCCCCACGUGUGUGGGAGAAAGACAAAAAGCAGAAGCACUUCCAUGUUUGGCAACUUAUUGAAUCUUAGGAAUUGGAAUUUUCAUUGUGUUCUGCUGACCUUCCCCCCUUUUGCAGAGAAUGAACCAUGUUUCUAGUAAGAUAAGCCAAAAAAGUUUACUUACGUUUCGACGCAGGCAGCAAAUACAGCAAUGUAGUAGGCAGAAAAAUACUUCUAAGUUACAGUAAAGUAAAAGUUGGUAGUGUCAAAAUAGGGUGUGUUUGUCUGGAGCUCCCAGACACACGUCUGCUCAGCUUGGAAGAAUGGUGGGAAGACAGAGUCUCCUCAGAGGCAGAAGGAAGUGCAAGGGACUAUCUCCUUUGUUCCAGUAUUCCCGACCAGAGGAGGCAAAGGAAGCGGCCACACACACAGGGUAGUUUAGUAACUCUAUGUGUACUAACCCUGUGCUUUAGCAAAACAUGCAUUUGUGAUUUGGCUACAAAGCCUUUUAGCGCUUGUCAGCCAGGACGCCUGAGCAGAGCCUCCAUGUUGAAAGGCAGUCUACCUGUGAGUAGUAGAGACAAGCCGUGUGUGCGGUGGCAGCCUGGUGGGCUUCCCGGAGGAGGCAUUUUGGGGUGGGGUGAGGCUCCUUUGAGGGAAAAAGGGAGGCUGGAUUUGCAGUGGGCGGGGCUCACCUUGGUCUGACUCCUCCCCCUUCCUCCCCAGGAAGCUGAUGCUGGAGAAGGAGCUGGCCAGCAUGCUGUGGCGGAUCCGCUGGGAUGAGCUCCAGUUCGGGAGCUCAGAGCGCUACUACAAGGGGGCUGGGAGCCGCCUCACUCUCUCCCUGGUGGGUCUCGUUGGAGCCCCAUGGUCUUCCCAGAGACACCCCCCCAUUGCCCUGGGGCUCUCCAAGGCCCCCCCUCCUCUGCUCUUCCUUCCUCUCCAGCAGCCAUCUCCCCCCUCCCACCCUUCCGCUCUGGCCUGGGCAGCUGCCCAGCUGGCACACACAAAGACACAGCUGCCCAGCUUUUGCCAUUCAGGCAGGUGACUCUCUGUCUUCUCUCCCCCCGUCCCAAGCGUGGCUCCAGUUACGGCUCCCUGAUGACAGCACAUGGCAAAUACCAGAUUUUUGCCAACACCGGGCUCUUCAAGGUGAGUGUCGUGCUUUUCGGCCUGCCUUCAUAUCUAUUGGGGGCUCAAGUUGUGGGGAGCGGUGAAGUGGGGGUCCCACCCCUCCCCUUUCUCCCUCUGACCCCUCUUCUUCUCGGCCAGGGGAACGUCGUGGCCAUCAAGCAUGUCAACAAGAAGAGGAUUGAGCUGACCCGCCAGGUCCUCUUUGAGCUGAAACACGUAGGUACCUGCCAUGGGGUGGGGGUGGGGGGAGAAGCCAAGCUGGGGUGGGGGACAACUUGUGGGGCCUAGCCUGGCUCCAGCAGGUGUUGAGCCCAGAACCACACCGAGAGCAUGUUUGUUGCCUGGGCUGCCGCUGCCGCUUUUGGACCAUAAGAACAGAAUCACAGAAUCAUAGCGUUAGAAGGGACCCAGGGGUCAUCCAUCCCAACCCCCUCCAGUGCAGGAAUCUCAACUCAAGCAUCCAAGACAUAUGGUUACCCAACCUCCACUUUAAAAGCUCCAAUGAAGGAGAGGUCCACAACCUCCCGAGGGAGUCGUGCUGGAUGAGGCCAAUGGCCCACCUGGUUCAGCAUCCUCUUCUCCCCCAUAUGGACCUAGCAACUGAGAUAGACUGCCUCUGGGUCUGGAGGUUCCAUAAGAGACCACAAAGAGCCAAAGGGGGCCCAUCUGGUCCAGCCUCCCAGUGGCCAACCAGAUCCCUCCAAUGGGAAACCCUCAAGGAGGACCUGGGCACAAGAGCAGCCCUCUCCCUUCCCUUGGUUUCCAGCAACUGGAAUUCAGAAACAUUCCGAGGCAGACCACAGCCAUCCUGGCUCAGAGCCACUGAUCUCUCUCUCCCCUGAAGGAAUUUGUCAAAUCCCUCUUUAAAGCCCUCUUGGUUGGUAGUGCCAGAUUGACGUAUAAGCUAAACAAGCUAUAGCUUAGGGCCCCACUCUCUUGGGGGCCCCAAUUUUUUUUAAAGGAAAAAAACCUGGAUGCACUUUGAUAAAAUACAUAUUUUGUUAUAUGCAAAUGGUUUUAGAUACUUAUUGGGUCCAUAAAUUAGCAUAUAGUAUAUAUAUUCAACACAAAAACAGCAACAAUUUGUUUUUGACAAAGGACACCUGGACAUAGAAAGGGCCCCAUUACGGACUUCCGGGGUGGCGCCAUCGGUAAUGGCGGACUCCCUCUGAUCCGGAGGGACUGGCUCUAUGGGAAUCGGGUCUGUUCCGCUACGGCGAAGCGGGGACCCUUUAAAAAAUCACAGGCGGGUGAAGCCUGUGACCGUGGGACUCGGCGGGCACCUUUUGCGCCCCCCCCCAAUCUGCAAAGGAGCCCAAUUACGGGCUCUGGAGUGAAGCGGGGAAGCGGCGCGGUGCUGAGAGUCAACUGCUUCUUCCGUGGAGCGAAGCCGCACAGCUGUUACCAGAGAGCGCUACCUUUUUCCUGUGACAAUCUGGCAACAAAAACAACUACCCGUGAGUAGGUUAAUUUUGGAAAAUAAAGGAGAACAAAGACGUAAUUUGACACCGAAGCGGGGAGGCAUAAACAGGAAGUCUGCCUUCCGUUCUUUGUAAAUAGAGCAAAGCAAUGAACUUGUAAGCUAAAACCUUGAAAGACGCUUGAAAAGGACUAUAAUUCUAACAUCAAAACAAGCAAUCUCCCCCCUUGGCUGCAGGAGAGGAGGGGGGAAAGGUGUGAACUGUAUUUCCCUGCAAAAAGAGAGAAAAGGAAGCUAAAAUCCACCGCUUAAAACCUGGGAACGGGCUGCCAUUGGACAACAAGAAUGCCGUACUGUGAAAUGCGCUGUUAGUGAAUAGAGUACUUUUUGACAGCUAACUCUGCAAGUGAGAUACAAUGUUUCUGGCUGGCUUCCCCUGGUUUUAAAGUAACUAGAAAAUAAUUGAAAUUGAAACUGUUGUCUAUUUUGUGAAUUGGGGGAUUAAAAAAAAGGUUAUUUAUUUUAAGGCAACAACUUUUGACUGCUACUGUGUCCCCCUAGAGGAAGUUUGAAACUGUUACAAUAACAACUGGGCCAGGGGAAUUUUCCACUUCAAAACAAAUUCUGGUCGUGGGAUUGACCUUGGGCCUUAUCUAGAGUGUUAUGGCAAAUGGAAAAGAAAAAAUAGAUUUGCUUCAGGAAAAAACAACGAGGUCUGGUAGAUCAUUUCGCCCAAACGUUGGGCUGCAGCAAAGAGCAUCAACAUCUGGCCCUUCUGGCUUACCAACAGGGGCUGCAUUGGCACAAUCUAAACCUAAAGGAAUGGCAUCCGAAGAUGUUUUAGCUCAGGCACUAGGUAAAAUUAAUGAAUCUCUGGAAAAACUAAGUAAACAAGUAGCUGACGCAUCAAUCAAAAUUGAUCAAAAUACUACAAGUAUCAACAAUUUGGGACAGAAGGUAAAUACUAAUACAGAAACUAUUGAGAAAGUGCUACAGGAAUCUACUUUGACCCGAAAGACAGCUGAAGAAGCAAAGGAAAUAGCAGUUUCUGUAGAAGAAAAGAUACCACCGAUACAUAAGCAACUUGAAGACCACAGGUUGAUAUUGUCUAUGAUUGAAUUGAAGGAGAAACAAACGAAUUUGAGGAUCAGGGCUGUACCUGAACUUGAGAAAGACAAUCUGACUGACUUUCUUAUGCAGGAAUUUGCAGACUUUUGGAACCCAGAUUUGGAGAAGGAAGACUUUAAGAUAGUGAGUGCUUUCAGGCUGGGAAGAGGAGGGAAGAAGAACAGGGUGAGAGACUGUUUGAUCACCCUCCGAACAAAAGAGGAGAGAGACAAAAUCUUGAGUCUGCACUUCCAGAAGACUUUGGAAAUACACCAGUCAAAAGUGGAGAUAUUUAAAGACAUUCCGAAAUAUCUUUUGGACCUUAGGUCCAAUUAUGGAGAUUUGGUUGCCCUGUUGAGAAGUAACAGAAUCAUCUUUAGGUGGGAAUUUCCCCAAGGCCUAUCUUUUAGCUUCAAAGGAAGAAAGAUAAAAAUAAGAUCAGUGGACCAUCUUCGCGCCACAAAUUGCGUAACCAGUUUCUUGCUUCCCCAUGCAGAUGAGACACAAUAAAACCCACUUUUUCCUCCUCAUCUUUGAAGUCUUUUCGAAGCAAAUGCAGCGCGUAUACGACGUCUGCUCUGAAAGUGGGAUAAUGCUUCAGGUUCCCAUCGAAGUGGGCUACUAAAUUGCCCCCUCCGUCCGAGUCCGAUUCCCUCUGAUCUGGACCCAGGAACCCUCUCUGCACGCCCGAUCCCACCUGGCUUGCAGAUCCUGGCAUCGCGCUUCUGCUUCGGCAACUGUCUUCUGAGAGACCACGACGGCAGUGGAGAGCUCGGUGACUGCAUUUUGCAGGGACGCUAUCUGCUCCUCAGUAGUCAUCGCUGCCAAACUUCGUGAGCUGUGCAAAAAAAAAUUUUGCGGUUUUUUUGUUUUGGAGAGGGGACUUACUGUCAAGGCUGCCUCAAGUCUCAGCUCACAAAAGACCAACGCCUAUGUCUUCUUAUAUACAAAGGUGUUUAUUGCAGUUCAUGGUUUGCUUGACAUCCUAGGCGCGCAGCCUUACGUCUCUUACGCUAGACCGCUGAAGUCCCCUCUGAGUCAGUCCCUCCCUGCACCAAUUUAAGAGACUUGCGCUGCUCCACCUCUUUCUCUCCUUCCUUUUCCGCAGGGUCCUUCUGCCCGCUGGGGUUUCGCCCCUCCUGGAUUCCUCUGACGCUGAAUCCCCAGACUGCUCUUCCCCCUCCUGCGGGCUUUGGGACCUGGCCCCUCCUCCGGGCUCCCUGUACUUCCGCGCGCCUCUACAUUUGAACUAGGCGCGCGCGCCAAACCUCUAACUUUCCUUUUGACAGUUACACUACUCCCUUCACUGCUCCCUCCCCUUCCGGAAGGGCGGCUUGCUCUGACCUCCCUCCUUUCUCUGCUCCCGGAGCUGCUUCCUCUGACACACUGGAAACUCCACACACUUCGCUGCACUCUGGUGGGGAGGCUGGUCCUGACGCCCAGCGGCCACUAUGGGAUCCUCCGCUCGCACCCUGCUCCUGACACGUCCCCCUGGGGCUCCCUGGCCUUAACCACCGGCGCCCCUUCUGGGAAUCCUCUGAUUCGCUGGAAAGACUCAUGGAAUCUCUUGAGUCAUUGUCAUCCUCUUCCUCGCUGGCUUGGAAUUCCUCCCCAUCGCUCUCCAUCUCCUGCCUACCCUGUGCCUCUGUCCCUGAACCCCUGACAACAUGUGAUAAGGCUACAUAGAAAAGUAUUGAUUAAUAAAAGACUGGGCCAGGAAUUUAUCUCAUCGGAUAAAGUUAAAAAAAGAGGAGUAGUGAUUUAUGCAAAGGAGAGACUAUCACUGAAAUUUAUCUUUAAAGAUGACCAAGGAAGAUUUGUGGCAAUUGAAAUUCAAAUACAAGGAGAGAAAUUCUUAAUAGUAGGAGUUUACGCACCAAAUGAGGGGAAAUCUGAAUUCUUUAAAAAGUUGCAUGAGACCUUGAUGGACUAUUUGGACUAUAAUGUGAUUUUGAUGGGAGAUAUGAACGGAGUGGUAUCUAAAAAUAUGGACAAGGCACAAAGACAGGUAGUCACUAAGGAUGGUAGACUACCGAAAACCUUUUUUGAGAUGACAGACAAUUUGGAUUUAGUUGAUAUCUGGAGAACAAAGAAUCCCUUGGCUAGAGAGGGAACCUUCUUCUCUGAAGCCAAAAUGACAUGGACAAGAAUUGACCAAAUAUGGGUAACUAGAGGAAUGGCACCAAAGACAAGAAAAGUGGAAAUUUGUCCAAAAACCUGCUCCGACCAUAAUGCUGUGAAGUUGGAGAUGAAACUAACACCAACUGGCUCCUUCAGAUGGAAGAUGAAUGACACCUUAUUUAGAGAUGAAGAAGUACUAAAGAAGGCCCAAAAAACCUUAAGAGACUAUUUCGAGAUAAAUAUGAGCACUAAUGUUGAAAAAAGAGUAAUCUGGGACGCAAGCAAAGCUGUUAUGAGAGGGUUCUUGAUACAACAGAAUGCAAUAAAGAAGAGAAUUCAAAAUGAGAAGAAGGAUAAAAUAUUGGAGAAAAUAAAGGAAAGUGAAAAGAAAUUGAGAGCAAAACCAAAGUCGCAAGAGAUCUUGAGAGAAAUAAAGCUAUAUCAAGUACAAUACAUGAAAAUGAUGAAUCAGGAGAUAGAAUGGAAAAUUAAACAAAUGAGACAAAAGACAUUUGAGUCGGCUAAUAAAUGUGGGAAAUUGUUGGCCUGGCAAAUGAAAAAAGACAAAAACUAAACACUAUUAUAAAUUUAGAAGUGGAAGGAAAGAACAUACAGAACCCAGUCGAGAUUAGAAACUGUUUCCAGAGGUAUUUUAAACAACUAUAUACACAAGGGCCACAGAAAGAAAUUGAUCUAGACCGAUUUUUGAAAAUAAAUGGAUUACAAAAAAUCUCUCAAGAAAAUAAAUUAAUGCUGAACUAUAAAAUAACUGAACAGGAGGUAGAAGGUGCCAUUCAGAAUAUGCAAUUAGGUAAAUCUCCAGGACCGGAUGGACUGACUUCUAGAUAUUACAGAUCCUUAAGUAAGAGAAUGGUUAGUACAACCUUUAAAGGAAGUCUGUAAUGAAAGAAUGGAUGGGAAAAGGGCACCAGAGUCGUGGAAGGAAGCGUAUAUCACACUUAUACCGAAAACAGAGACUGAAAAGACGCAGCUUAAGAACUACUGCCCCAUAUCACUGCUUAAUGUGGAUUAUAAAAUUUUUGCAGACAUUUUGGCUAAAAGACUAAAAAAAGUGUUAGUGGAAGAGAUUCAUAAAGAUCAAGCAGGCUUUCUCCCGGGUAGACACUUGUCUGAUAAUAUGAGAAACAUAAUUAAUAUUUUAGAAAAAUUACAAGUGAAUAUUAAUACCAAGGCAGUUUUGAUAUUUCUGGACGCGGAGAAAGCUUUUGACAAUAUUUCUUGGAGUUUUAUGAAGAAGAAUCUACAGGGGAUGGGGGUAGGCCAAGGCUUUGGAAACGGUAUAAGUGCAAUUUAUUCAGAACAAAAGGCUAAAUUAAUUGUUAAUAACGUGGUGAUGGAGGAAUUUAAGAUAGAAAAAGGGACACGACAAGGUUGCCCAAUUUCCCCAUUGCUUUUUAUAUCGGUCCUGGAGGUUUUGCUGAAUAUGAUUAGAAGGGACCAAUUGGUUAAAGGUAUACAAGUCGGAGCUAAACAGUACAAAUUGAGAGCAUUUGCAGAUGACUUAGUAUUGACAUUACAGGAGCCAGAAUCUAGUACUAAAAGAGUUUUGGAACUGAUUCAAGAAUUUGGUCAGGUUGCAGGAUUUAAACUGAAUAAGCUAAAAACAAAGGUCUUAGAGAAAAAUUUAACAGCGAUUGAGAGAGAGAGGUUUCAGAAUGAGACAGGUUUAACAGUGGUUAAGAAAGUGAAAUACCUGGGGAUUAACAUGACAGCUAAAAAUGGGAACCUAUUUAAAGACAAUUAUGAAAAAUGCUGGACUGAAGUGAAAAAAGAUUUAGAAAUCUGGUCAAAUUUGAAGCUUUCACUGUUAGGCCGUAUUGCUGCGAUAAAAAUGAAUGUAUUGCCUAGAAUGUUGUUUCUGUUUCAAACAUUGCAAAUUUUGGAUAAAAUGGAUUGCUUCAAGAAGUGGCAGAGAGGUAUUUCUAGAUUCGUCUGGCAGGGCAAGAAGCCUAGAAUAAAAUUUAAAAUACUAACGGAUGUAAAGGAAAGAGGUGGAUUUGCCCUGCCAGACCUUAAACUUUAUUAUGAAUCAGCAGCUUUUUGCUGGCUGAAAGAUUGGCUGCUUCUUGAAAACACAGACAUUUUGGAUUUAGAAGGUUUUAAUAAUGUAUUUGGAUGGCAUGCAUAUUUGUGGUAUGAUAAGGUCAAAGCACAUAAAGCAUUUAAAAAUCAUAUUGUCAGGAAAGCAUUGUUUAAUGUCUGGAUAAGAUAUAAGGACCUACUUGAAAAUAAAACCCCAAGGUGGCUGUCACCGAUGGAAGCGAAGGCUCAGAAAAAGCUCAAUAUGGAGGCCAAAUGGCCGAAAUAUUGGGAAAUCUUGGAACAAGAGGGAGACAGAUUGAAAUUGCAGAGUUUUGAAAAAUUAAAAAAUAAAGUGCGAGAUUGGCUUCAUUAUUAUCAGAUAAUGGAGGCAUAUAAUUUGGACAAGAAAAUUGGCUUCCAUGUGGAAAAAUCAAAAUUGGAAACAGAACUGUUAGAACCCAAAACCAAGAUUUUGUCAAAGAUGUAUAACUUGCUGUUGAAAUGGAAUACUCAGGAUGAAACGGUGAAAUCUGCUAUGAUUAAAUGGGCACAAGAUGUUGGACAUAACAUAAUGAUGGCUGACUGGGAACAGUUAUGGACCACAGGUAUGAAGUUUAUGGCAUGUAAUGCUUUAAGAGAGAAUAUUAUGAAAAUGAUUUACAGGUGGUACAUGACACCAGUCAAGCUAGCAAAAAUCUAUCAUUUGCCCGAUAAUAAAUGUUGGAAAUGUAAAGAAACUGAAGGUACUUUCUUUCACCUUUGGUGGACGUGCCCAAGGAUUAAGGCUUUCUGGGAGAUGAUAUAUAAUGAAUUAAAAAAGGUAUUUAAAUAUACCUUCUUGAAGAAACCAGAGGCCUUUCUCCUGGGCAUAGUCGGCCAAUCGGUGUUAAAGAAGGACAGAACUUUCUUCAUGUAUGCCACAACAGCAGCAAGAAUACUUAUUGCAAAGUAUUGGAAGACACAAGAUUUACCCACUGUGGAAGAAUGGCAGAUGAAGGUGAUGGACUAUAUGGAACUGGCAGAAAUGACUGGCAGAAUCCGAGACCAGGGAGAAGAGUCGGUGGAAGAAGAUUGGAAGAAAUUCAAAGAUUAUCUACAGAAAUACUGCAAAAUUAAUGAAUGUUAAAAUGAUGUUGGAUUGAAGUUAAGUGGUUUUUAGCAGCAAUGUUAAAAGGAAUAUGUAAAAAUGGAUUGUUAACAGGUGAUAAUCUAAAGUUAUUAUAUUUUAAGAUAAGAGAUUAAGAUAAAAUCAAAGAGGGAAAGGAUUUGCUGAACUAACUAAUUUGAACUGGAAUACGAAAAGGGAGGUGUGAGGAGGUCGGGGAAACAAGCAAAUGAAAGAUAAGACAUGGAAAGACUAAUUUGUUUUUUAAUUGUUUUUAUCUUGUAUUUUCAUUUUUUUUCUUUAUUUCUUCUUUCUUUUUUUGCUUAUCUUUGUAAUAUGUUGAAACUUUAAUAAAUAUCUUUAAAAGAAAGAAAGAAAGAAAGAAAGGGCCCCAUUACCUUCAGCAGCUUAAAGGUAAAGGUAAAGGGACCCCUGACCAUUUCCUGCUUGGCAGGGGGUUGGACUCGAUGGCCCUUGUGGUCUCUUCCAACUCUAUGAUUCUAUGAUUCUAUGAUUCUAGGUCCAGUCGUGGCCGACUCUGGGGUUGCGGCGCUCAUCUUGCUCUAUAGGCCAAGGGAGCCGGUGUACAGCUUCUGGGUCAUGCGGCCAGCAGGACUAAGCCGCUUCUGGCAAACCAGAGCAGCGCACAGAAAUGCCGUUUACCUUCCCGCCAGAGCGGUACCUAUUUAUCUACUUGCACUUGGAUGUGCUUUCAAACUGCUAGGUUGGCAGGAGCAGGGACCGAGCAACGGGAGCUCACCCUGUCGUGGGGAUUCGAACUGCCAACCUUCUGAUCGGCAAGCCCUAGGCUCUGUGGUUUAUCCCACAGCGCCACCCGCGUCCCUCUUCAGCAGCUUAGGGCCUCAUCAAACCUAAAUCUGGCUCUGGUAGCCAUCACUGCCUCCUGCAGGGGAGAGUUCCACAGUUUAGCAAUGCAGCCCUCCUCUCCUUAUAUGUGUGCCUGUGGGCGGAUGGAGAAGGGAAGGAUGGCACCAGGAGACAGGAUAAAGGCAUGGGCCACAUAAACCAGCCUUUGCCAACCUGGUGCCCUUCUUCGUGGCCAUUCUGGGGGCUCCUGGCCGAAAGAUUUCCUACCUGUCUCUGCCCAUUUGCAGAUGCGGGACGUGCAGUUCAACCACUUGACGCGCUUCCUCGGGGCCUGCAUUGACCCACCCAACAUCUGCAUUGUGACUGAGUAUUGCCCCCGGGGCAGCUUGCAGGUAAGGAAGCACCUGGGCACAGGUGUGUAUCUGUUCCCUGCAUGGCUGCAGCCGGGGAAGGAGAGGGAGGUCACGGUGAGCAUCCUGGGGGGGCGGGUGUGCAGUGCCCUCCCCAACCCCCCAGUGCUGUGGGAGGGGCUGUUUUCAUGUGGGGGCAACACCUAACUGCUGCUCUGCUUCAUCUCCCCUCCCUCCGCCCCCCGACAGGACGUCCUGGAGAAUGAGAGCAUCAACCUGGACUGGAUGUUCCGCUAUUCGCUCAUCAAUGACAUUGUCAAGGUGGGGGGCUCGGGAGGUGGCAAGAGGGAGCCCCACAACCAGGCUUGAUGGGGGAAAUGCAGCUGCCCUCUGAAAAGAGAGGAGCCCCCCAGAGCAUGGAAAGGGACAGACUGGGCAAAUAGCCUCUUUGCUGGGGGCUCCAGCCGCGGCCAGGAUGGCACCCCACAGUGGGGCCUCUCUGCCCUCUAGCUGCAUCCUGGCCAGCAAUGCCAGUAUCUUCCAAGCCUUUCCUUGGUUUGGGUCCCUCUGCUAAAACCUUCUCCUCUAAGUCCCGCCCCCACAUGCUUGAUCAUUGCAGGAGCUGCCACUCACCCAAUCACCUGUGUGGGUCAUGGGGCCUGCCCUGGCCUUGCGCCUCCUGCCUUGGGAGGAGAGUGGGUGCCCCUUGUUGCUUCUGCUUCUCCUGCGGGUCCUUCUCAGCAGCCUCCCCCUCUCUGCCUGACACAGGGCAUGGCUUUCCUGCACAACAGCAUCAUUGGCUACCACGGGAGUCUCAAGUCGUCCAACUGCGUGGUGGACAGUCGCUUCGUUCUCAAGAUCACGGAUUAUGGCCUGGCUAGUUUCCGGCAGAGCAGUGAGAGCGAGGGCAACCAUGCCCUGUAUGCCAGUGAGUGUCCUUCCCACCCUGGCGGCAGGAUGUGCCAUCUCCUGUCUUUCCCCCUUUCCUCCAGACCAGCGAGGGCCUUCUCUGCUGCCCUCUCUGGGCUCAGCGAGUGCCCAUGCUGCCAGGUUGAGGGGUCCCCAUCUCCACUACUUGGGCUGGUCUUUGCCAUUGGGAGCAGAGGUGGGAGCCCCUGGCCUCCUGACCCCCACCUCCUUUCCUUGAUUUUCCCCCUACCCCCAGAGAAGCUGUGGACGGCCCCAGAGCUGCUGCAGAAGGGGCCUCUGGUCCUCUCCCCACUGGCCAUGCAGAAGGCUGACGUCUACAGCUUUGGGAUCAUCCUUCAGGAGAUUGCGCUGCGCAACGGAGCCUUCUACAUCGAGGGCAUGGACCUCAGCCCCAAGGGUGAGGGGAGAGGGAGAGGGCGAGCCCCACCCCUGGCCCCUUGGGGGGGGUGGCAGAGGUGGUGAUGACAACCACCAUGGGGUCCUCUCAGGAGACCCCCUCACAAAGUUGGCCACACUUGGACCACAGCCCAUCCUGGGGGCUGGGGCAGGUGCUACCUGGGAGGGGUGCUUCACCUGCCACACCUCAGCACCCACCAGGUAUCAUGCGUGGCACUUGUCCCAGCAGCCGGGGAGAAAGCCUUCCUGAUCUGGGUGGGGGGUCCUCCCCUCGCCCCACCAGGCCUUGUGUUUAGAGGGGACAAUGCGCACAGCUCUGCCAAUCACAGGGGAGACACGACUGGCGCUUAUGCCGGAAGCACAUGCGCGUUUCUGGGUGAGCAAAAGAGGAUGGGGGCAAGCACUGGCGACCUCUUCUGGGUCUGUCCCGAGACCCCUGCAAAGCCCCCGUUGCUCCACCUGCCUGCUCUUCAGGUCUCCCCACAGGCUCCCUUGGGCUCUGCCCGCCUUUGCACCCCGGAUCAGAGCCUUUGGCCUCGGGAGGAGGAAGGAGCGCGUUCAGCAUCACUUGAUGGUGAUCACGUCUGUCGCCGCUGCUGCUGACCACCCAGGGUGACCCCUCCCCCAUUUUGUCUCCCCCGCAUCUCCCUCCGACACCCGCAGGGUGCUCAUCACACCCACAUCCUCAUUGUCUCCGUGGCCCAGUCACCCAUUCCGCCCCCCUCACCUGCCCCAUAACAGCCUCCCACCGGCCAGCCGUGCCCCCCCUCCGCCCGGCCUGCGCGUUCACUCCCCCCACUCGCCCUCCCCACCCCGCAGAGAUCGUGCAGAAGGUGCGCAACAGCCAGAGGCCCCACUUCCGCCCCACGGUGGACCUGCGGCUGCACAGCGAGGAGCUGGCCCUCCUGAUGGAGCGCUGCUGGGCACAGGAUCUGACCGAGCGGCCCGACUUCGCCCAGAUCAAGAUCUUCAUCCGGAGGUUCAACAAGUGGGUGCUGGCUGCAUUUUUACUAUGGGGGGCAGGCCUUUUGUUGGGGGGGGGCAGAACCUCAGUUAGCUAUGUACCGUACUUUUCCGUGUAUAAGACUAGGAUUUUUUUUUUUUCAAAUAAUUGUUAUCAAUUUUUCAUGAAUAACAUUGCAAUUAAUAACAUAUCAAAUCUUGCCACAUCAUAUCCGGCCGGUCCGGAGAAAGUCUUUUAUUUUUGUUCCUGCGUUUUCUCUGUUGUUUAUUCCCAAUAUCAUAGUUCCCCUUCUUAUCGUCACAGUCACUGGUAUGAGACUUUUCCAUCGUGCUUAAUGAAUCCAUAUUAUGUUGGCAUGCAAGAGGAAAUAUUCUUUUUCUUGUUGUUAUUCUUCCAUUGUUUUUCUGCGCAAUCCCCCACUGGAAGGAUUUUUUUCUUAAAAAGUUAUGUUAAAAAUUGGGGGUCGUUUUAUACACGGAUAGUGUAUCCCCCCUCCAUUUUCUUAAUUUGGAGUCCCCCCGAAAAGGGGGCGUCUUAUACAUGGAAAAAUACGUUAUUUUAUUGAUGGGGGUGUGUGAGAGCAAAACACGGGAAAGGGGGGCAGGUUCCCCACCCCGAUGUCCCUGUGAAGCAGCCCCUGCCCCCCUCACCCGCACUUCCUGCCGCAGGGAAGGGAGUGCCAGUAUCCUGGACAACCUGCUCUCUCGCAUGGAGCAGUACGCCAACAACCUGGAGAAGCUGGUGGAGGAGCGCACCCAGGCCUACCUGGAAGAGAAGCGCAAGGCCGAGAACCUGCUCUACCAGAUCCUCCCCCAGUGAGUCGCUGGGGAGGGUGGGGGGCCCUGGUGGGGGGGUGGAACGCGGACCCAGCCAGGCAGGCAGGCAGAGGGGGCGCCAGGCAAGUGCCAAUUCAUAGUUAUAGGUGCUGGAUUAGUAAGCCAAGCAGAUCUCCAUCCAAAUCCCCCCAAAUAAAUCCCUGGGCUAAUUGGCACCUUGCCCGCCCGCCCCACUUCCCUCUUCCGUUCACUCCCCCCCCCAUAUUAAAUUUCCUGAAUCAACUGAAUUCCGCCAGGACACCGCCCCCCCUCAAUCCGUUACCUUUCAAAGCAGGGGCCAUCUUACACUAUUUCUCCAAAAUAUCCUACCCGGUAACCCAGGCUAAAAGGGACACGGGUGGCACUGUGGGUUAAACCACAGAGCCUAAGGCUUACCGAUCAGAAGGUCGGCGGUUUGAAUCCCCUCGACGGGGUGAGCUCCCAUUGCUCGGUCCCUGCUCCUGCCAACCUAGCAGUUCGAAAGCACGUCAAAGUGCAAGUAGAUAAAUAGGUACCGCUCUAGCGGGAAGGUAAACGGCGUUUCCGUGCGCUGCUCUGGUUCGCCAGAAGCAGCUUAGUCAUGCUGGCCACAUGACCCGGAAGCUGUACACCGGGCCCGUCGGCCAGUAAAGCGAGAUGAGCGCUGCAACCCCAGAGUUGGCCACGACUGGACCUAACGGUCAGGGGUCCCUUGACCUUUACCUUUAACCCAGGCUGCCCCCCCACCCAAUUCAGUGGCGAGAAGAUCUGGGGCCACAUUGAAGCUGGGUACUUGCCUUCGCACGCCUGCCUGCUGCACUGAGGGAGAGGCCCACCCUCACCUGCCUUCACAGUAAUGGAUGCGCAGGGGUUCGGGGUCAACCAGCGGCUCAGUGACUCACUUUACGUACCCCCCCCCCCACAGCUCAGUGGCCGAGCAGCUCAAGCGUGGUGAGACGGUCCAGGCCGAAGCUUUUGACUGCGUCACCAUCUACUUCAGCGACAUCGUGGGCUUCACCUCCCUGUCGGCCGAGAGCACCCCUAUGCAGGUAGCGGGGGCGAAAGGGGCUUGGGUGGGGGCCCCUUGUCCCUGUCCCACUGGGCUGGCUGGGGGGGGUUAGCUUUACCCCGCCCACACACCACAGCCACGCCCCCUCCCAGCAGCAGAGGGAGGCGGUUGGUGUUAGGGGAUUCUAGGGCUGGAAGGGGGCCCAAGGGUCAUCCAGUCCACCCCCUGCAAUGCCAGAUGGCACACCUGGCUUUGACACCUUUGCAGUCCUGUCUUCAGCUUCAGUUAGGGUACCACACUGCUGCGGCAGGUGUCAGGAGUUCAUCCUACACUCAGGUAGGAUCCUGGCAGAGACACAUGGCCGGCUGGCAUGUUCUCUCCCUCCUGGUCUUUUGUUCGGGAGCUUCAAAAGCUUUCCUCUGCCUGAACAUCACAGCGACCGAUGCCAACCAACACCGGCACACUUAGGGAUCCGCAGAGUUUGCGCAUCAUGCAUGACAGACUCUCAGCAACUCAGCAUUUUGGCUAAUCUACUUUAUUUACAUAUAAACCCACACGGAGCACUGCAACACGGCUCCCUCUCUCUCUAUCAUCAGACAGCAAAGAGCAAAGAACAAAGGACAAUAGUCCCACUUCAAGAAACACAGGAACACAAACAUCCUGUCUCUGUCACUUCCCACUCAGUGGAGUCAAAACAUACACCGUCAUGUGAAAGACAACAAUCCCAUGACUGCAAUCACGGAGCAGGAAUUCUAACAGCAGGAAGGAAAAUGACAUUUCCAUGAGCUCUGGCUUCCGUCACGGUGUCUCGUUGAGCCAGAAGCGGUUUAGUCCUGCUGGCCACAUGACCCAGAAAGUUGUCUGUGGCAAACACCAGCUCCCGGAAAAGCAAGAUGAGUGCCGCAACCCGAGUCACCUUUGACUGAACUCAACCAUCCAGGGGUCCUUUUCCUUUUCCCUUUACGACACGUUGCCUCCCUUGGAUCAGGUGUAAAGGGAAAAUGCCUCGGGAGGUGAUAGACCCUCCUUCAAGAGUUUGGGUGGGCACCUGCCAGGGAUUCUUCAGCUCUGAGUCCUGGGGGGUUAGGCUAGAGGACCUCUGGGGUCCCUUCCAGCCCUAAAUUGAUUUUUGAAUUCUGAAUGUAUUAUUAUUCACAUUUUAUACUGUAUUUUAUGCUGUUUUUUGUUGCAUCAAUUAAGUGUUUUAAAUUUGUUGUUAGCCGCCCUGAGCCCAGUUUUCUGAACCGGGAAGGGCGGGGUAUAAAUAAAAAAAAAUAUUUUAUUUUAAUUUUAAUUUAUUAUUAUUAUUAUUAUUAUUAUUAUUAUUAUUAUUAAUAAUAAUAAUAAUAAUACAAUUCUAUGACUCUAAGCAAAGCACAUUGGGGACUCGGUAGUGAAAAUCCCCAGGUGGCCCUAUAGCGAUGUCUGUGUCCCCCUCCUGGUGCUUCCACUCAACCUCUUCUCUGUCUCCCCCUGAAAGCUCACCCCCCCAGGCUCCCUUGGCAACUCUGCCCCUUCUGCCCCCCAUCUCUUCAUUCUCCCCCAAAGAUCCUCCUCUGCCCCGCUGCCUUGGCUCCCCCCAACUUACCUGAGCGUCUCCCUCCCCAGGUGGUGACCCUCCUCAACGACCUCUACACCUGCUUCGAUGCCAUCAUUGACAACUUUGACGUCUACAAGGUGGGUGCGAAACAUGCCUGUGGGUCCUGGCUGUUGGACCCAAAGCUGUGCCUCAGCCCCCAAACUAGAGCCAGGAUUGGACCAUAUAGCUGUAGGGAAGAGGGCCCCCCUCCCCACUUCUGGCCUGACAGGUUCACCCCACAGGUGGAGACGAUUGGCGACGCCUACAUGGUGGUGUCGGGGCUGCCAGUCCGGAACGGGAAGCUGCACGCCCACGAGAUUGUCCGCAUGGCACUAGCUCUCCUCGAGGCCGUCAAGACCUUUCGCAUCCGGCACCGGCCCAACGAGCAGCUGUGCCUUCGCGUUGGCAUCCACUCGGGUGAGUCCUGGCACAGCGGGGGCACCAGCAGCAGGUCCUUCACCGGGGGAUUUUGAGCAGAGGUCGGGGGGGGGGGGCUGUCUGUCAGGGACUCUUGCUGUUCCGGCGUUGAAGAGGGUUGGUCUAGAUGACCCUCGGGGUCCCUUUGAACCCUACGAUUCUAAGCCGCCACCUCCCUUUGCCUGCCUGCAGGGCCUGUGUGCGCAGGUGUGGUGGGCCUCAAGAUGCCCCGCUACUGCCUCUUUGGGGACACCGUCAACACAGCAUCGCGCAUGGAGUCUAGCGGCGAGGGUGAGCCCCCUCUCCCCACCCCGCCCCCAACCUUGUUUAAGUUUCUGCUGCACAGCAUUGCAGGGGGGGUGGACUAGAGGGCCUUUGGAAGCCCCCCAACUGCCGUUCUAUGAUUCCCCCACAACUCCCUCCCUCUGGCCCAAUGUGGACGCUGGCUGUGCAUCUUUCCCCAGGCCCAUAUCUGUCUCUUCUGGCCCUGUUUUGGGAAGGAGGGGAGGAAGGAGGGGGGUCCCGCUGGCCCUGACCCCCUGACUCCACACCCCACCCCUUGUGUCUUCCAGCCUUGAAGAUCCACGUCUCCAGCACCACCAAGGAGAACCUGGACGAGUUUGGCUGCUUUGAGCUGGAGCUGAGGGGGGAUGUGGAGAUGAAGGUGGGGGUCUCUAUCCUCCCUGGUUGGGUGGGUGGGAGGGAGGGAGGGGAAGCCGUGUGGCAGACCCCACCCCACCAGGCAGCCCCCGACCCAUGGCUCCUCCACCAGGGAGGAAAAGGUCGCCGUUCCUGGUCCUCCUGCCCUGGACCUUUGGGAGAGUUGUGGCAAGAUACUGGAAGCCAUGACCCCCUCGGUUUCUGCUGGGUGAGGGGCACGGGUGGGGGGUUUUUUGGGGGGUGACCUGUCCCAGGGCUGAGCCUCUUCUUCUCCCCAGGGGAAGGGCAAGCUGCGCACCUAUUGGCUGCUGGGCGAGAAGAAGAAGAAUGUGGUCAUCUGACGUGGCUCCUCCCCCUCCUGUGACUCCUCCCACUUACGGGUACCGGGCAGCAGGCUCCUCCCACCACCAAGAGCCACCGAAACUCCCCUUUGCCUUGGAGCAAUAAGGCCCCCCCACCCCAGCCAUGAGAGACAGGCGGGCGGACGAGAGAGAAGGAAGCACUUGGAGCCAUAAUGUCCCCCGCUAUGAGAGGAAAGCGAGAGAGGAAGAAGACGGGGCAGGAGGGGCAGGAUGAGAGCCCCCCCCCCCGGGAAUGUGCCCAGGGCUGGGUCUUGCCACCUCCUCCAUCCCUUGCCCCCGCCCAGACCAAGAUGCGCCAGCAAGGAGGCCCCAGGAGCCCAGGGAGAGGCAGCGCACCUCUCAGAGCACGGAUCAUCCCAGGCUGCUUGUGCUCCCCACGCCCAGCCGGGGGGCUGGCUGGUUCCUGACCCCCCCCUUGCAGGUGGGAUCCUGCACCACAACUCAGCUGGCUGAGCCAACCCAGAGCGCCGCUGUUCCUCCCCCCCUCCCUCCGGGUGUAAAUAUAGUGCAAAAUAUUUUGUCAAAAUACAGACUUUUUAACCUGGGGCAGCCUUUCAGAUUUGUCCGGGGCAGAGCAGGGGGCCGGUGGAGGUUGGAAGGUCCCUGGGGGGCGGCAGCCUGGGGGGGCAGCCCUCCCUGCUCUCCUUCUCC